UACACAAGACCGUUACUUUCAUUCGUUUUAUUUUCUGGAUGGACCCGCCAGUGGGUGCGCUCGUCGAAGUUUCGGCGGGGCGUGGAAUAGUGCGGUUUUCUGGCGCCACGUCUUUCUCGUCGGGCAAAUGGAUUGGUAUUGAGCUUCAUGAGCCCAAGGGUAAGAACGAUGGCAGUCUGCAAGGCCUAACCUAUUUCUCUUGCAAGCCAAACCAUGGCGUAUUUGUUCGUCCAAGCCAGGUCAAGGUAAUUAAUGCUGAGCCUGAACCGCAGCCUCCUAAAACACAGGUCGCUCGGACAGUCAUGAGUCAUCAACGCACGCCUAGUACUGGCGUUUCGCGUGCAGCGUCGCUGCGUUCAAACGGCGCAUCAGGGUCUUCUUCCCGGUCCUCCAGUCCCGUGAAGGCCACCCCUUCCGCCUCCACUUCUGCCUCUGCCGUAGCUAGCCCACGCACUUCCCGUCUCACAGCUCCCUCAUCGCCUGCGAAGCGUAUUCCCUCUUUAACUCUUAAACCUCGUAGAUCCUUCCCCCGUCAACCAUCCGCGGAAUCCUCCGUUCCUCAGAGCCCCGCAUUACAGACCCCUAAGAUUGGGUCAUCCUCCUCACAAGAGGCUCUCGUCCAGGUUCAGAGGACGUCCUCCCCAUUAGCCUUACCACCACAAAAUGCGGCUUUGGAGCCUCCACCACCACCCUCGCCUGUCGCACACACGUUUCUGCAGCCUCCCGCACCAAUUGACUCUAGCCCAUCUCUAAACGGUACGAAACUUGCACCGUCACCUUCCAUCUCUCGUGUCCCCUCGCAUGAGCCUACAUCACCCAUAACCCGUACCGAAGAUUCUGCCAUGCAUGCGAAAAUACGCGUACUCGAAGCUAAACGCGCUGAUGAUGCUCGACACAUUCGAGAACUUGAAACUCGCCUCGCAGAUGCAGAGUCCUUCGUUGCCCUGCGCCCCAAACUUCAAGCUAAACUACAAUCUCUCCAGUCCGAACUUAUUGCAACGAAGCGUGCAUUAGCAGACGCAGAGCAACUUGCGAGUUUGGGCGAGACAAGGGGCGCGGAUUCACAAGAGCAGCUGGAAAUGGCGAUGUUGGAUAAGGAGGUUGCGGAGGAGAAGGCAGAAUUAGCAGAACAGGAGUUGGAAGAGGUGAAGGAAAGGCUUGCUCAUGUUGAAGUGGAGCUGGGUGUAAUGAAGGAGGGUGGUGCAUUGGGCGAAGAUGGUGAUUCAAACACUAAAACAUCACUCGCAUAUAUCCAGCUUGAGAAACAGAAUGAGCGAUUAAAGGAGGCGCUUAUACGCCUUCGCGACAUGUCGCAGGAAACGGAACAGGAACAGCGCCGCCGCAUAGCAGAGAUGGAGAAAGACAUUACAAGUAUCGAUGACCUGCAAGGCCAAUACGAACAAACACUCAUUAAGCUUUCCAAUGCGGAAACGCAGAUCUCGUCGCUACAACAACAACUUGACGAUGCACUGGGAGCAGAAGAUCUACUCGUGCAGCUUACAGAACGGAAUUUAUCGCUUUCGGAGAAAAUCGAAGAACAGCGCAUCACAAUCGAAGACCUUGAGGCCCUCAAGGAACUCACAGACGAACUCGAAGAGAACCACGUUCAAGUUGAGCGUGAGCUCCGAGACGAGAUUUUAGAGCGCGAGAAGGACCUGAGAGAGGAGAAGGUCAGAGUCGGGUUACUUGAAGAUAUAGUGUCAGACGCGGACGGGACGAUCGCGAGGUUUAGGGAAGUUGUUGCAGAUAUGCAAGGCGAACUUGACUUCAUGCGUUCAGCGACGCAAACAGCGCAGCACGAGUCUGCUACGGCUGCGCACCAGACAGCAACGAUGAUGUCGCUGAAUUUGAAACUCCAAUCCUCGGCGGCUAAGAACCAGGCAAAGGCAGUAGAUCUGGAGAUCAAGAAGCUCGAGGCGAGGGAGAGGGGGGAAUUGUUGGGAAUUGUGCAGCCUUAUCUACCUCAACAAUACGUCGAGUCCGACAGUGACGCAACAAGUUGCUAUCUCUUCUUCGCACGCCUAGGGUACAAAACCGACCUCAUCAACACCAUCGUAGGACUAGCCCAUGGUCUACCUGACUCACUCAAUGGUGUCGUCUCGGAAACGCUUGUUGGAAUAUGUGAAAUGCGCGGCCGUGCCGCAUCCUUUUCCACGCUGUGCAAACGUUUCGCUAGUAUCCUCAGGCGUUGCGACCCUACAUCAAAACGCAUCGAUCUGCACAUUGAUCUUCUUCGACGGGAUGAAUUUAGGGAGAUGGAAUUCGUCACUGACGUACUCAAGAUGCUAGCCCAAUUUGAUCAUCUGGCAGAGACUUAUUUCGAUGGAUUCGAACAGGAUCUGGGCGAGCGCGAACUCGGAUAUGCACUUUCGUUUGAUCAUGAUCUCGAUGCAUUUGCGGCAUCUAUCGGACUCACGAAGACGUCUGUUGCUGUCAUUCUCAAUGACGAGGAUGUUGUCCUCGACAUGGGUGGUUAUGAUCCCGAGGAAGAGCUCAUCGAGCCCUUGCAGAAGCUUUUGGAGCAGUGCAAGAGCGCCAAGCUUGCCCAACAAGUAAUUCCACAUCUUAGCGAUGCCCGUAGCGCCAAGGCUCCAUUCCAGCUUGCAACAGUGUUGUCGUAUGCCAAGCAAACUGCAAUGACAACUGUCGCCAAGGACAUGAAACCUGGGACCUCGUGCUUUGAGGCUGUUGGUGAAGCUAUUGCUCAGCUAUCGGCGGAGUGCAACAAGUUACUCCCUUUGGCAAUGGAACCAGAGAGCUCUCCGGCACCCCCGCCAUGGGUCCUAAGAAUUGAGGAGAUCAGAGCCAGCAUGGCUAUCAAUGCUGAAGCCGAGCGCAAAGCUGCACAGCUGCAGGAAGAAAUACAAGGACUUGUGCGGAGUCUCAAGACGAAGGACCAAACGAUACAAGAGUCAGUAGUGAAGAUAGAGCACAUGGAGCGGCGCAUGGAAGCGGCCAAGAAGCAAGCGGAUACCAUUGGAGAUCUUGAGAUUGAGCUCUCGAAAGCGCGCAAGCAGGAACGUGCGUACGAGGAGGCAAUGGAACAACUGCAGGCAGACUUGGAUACGUUCGAGCAAGACAACGCGAAACUGAAGGUGUUGGUUGCGGGUUCGGAGCGACAAGCUGCUGGCGCACAACCUGUCGAUUCAGAGAAUGUCCCCAUGGAGGGUAAUGUGGAGACAUCACACCUCCUGGAGCAGAUCGAGGCUCUUCGUGGCACCGUCCGUUUCUUGCGCACAGAAAACUCGUAUCUCAAGGGGCAAGACCUGCUCAAGGAAAUACAAGCACUACCACACCUUCCAGAACCUACCAGCCGUGUUCGUACACCUCCACUGGACCCCUCAGGUCAUUCCGACACAGACGAAUCCGACACCGAACUACCACCCGCUCCUCCUACCAUUCGCUCGCUCGCCACAGAAACUAAGGUUCUCUACCGGGAUGUCAUCAAAUUCUCUUCAUCGCCUCGCGUUGUCGAUUUAUCCGCUCUUCAUGCAAAGAGAGCAGAAAGCGAUUGCAAAGGUGGGAAGAUGUGGAUGCGGAAGAAGGCUAGUCCUGCUCAGCAAGUCCUUGAUCGGAAGAUAGAGGCCGAGAGACUUAGCAGGCGUGUCAGAGGCCUGUUGGAUCGUGCUAAUGCGCUAUGAGGGGUUUCAUUAAUACUUUGCUUCAUUUUUUAUGUUACUCUACAGCUUGAUAUUGGGUUGUAUACCCUGCAUGACUUUGCUAUGCAUUAUGGGGAGGGGAUAAGGUAAUAAAUAUCAUGUACAUGAACGGUCGAUAUGAGCGUAAGGACUGAUACCCCUUUACCCUUAUAUCAGCGCGCUACACGAUAUUCGGUUAU